AAGCCCAUGGGUUGGUGUGAAAAAAUCUCAGUUUAACCUCAACCAUGAAGCGGAUUAAAUUGUUGAUUUUAAUACUGGAACUAACUAGUAUCCUGUUGGGGGUGAUGGCCAAGCCUCGGGCUCAGAAUCCCCUGGAAAAUCUCGGCAUGACGGCCAUGAACCUGGCCGGGAAUAUAGCCGAGGCCAUUCAGAGUGGAGCCGCCAUCAAUCGCGACAUCAACUUUGACAAUCCCCUGAUGUCCGUGCAUUCGAAAACAGCUGUCGGUUAUGGAGAUGCUAUGCGGCCGCCCUCUGCAGACUCAUCCGAGGAGGAGGAUCGCCGGAAGCGGAGAAGUCUCCUGAGAGCCAAGAGAGCCCCCUGUUUCUGGAAGAUGACCAUGACCACGGCCGCCUCCUCGGACGAUGAUGUGGAAGCGCGCAGGAAGCGUGCUCGCAAAAGGGCCGCCAAUAAUGCCUCACGAUCGCGAGUUAGUCCGAAGACCAGUUCCAAGAAGAAGUUCUAUCGGGAGCGACGUCAAGCCGAAACGGAUCAGAUGCCAGCAGGAACUAUGGCAGGAUCGCAGGCUCCCGGGCUGGGGGAUCGAAUCAAAGGCAUGUGGCUCUCGUUUGUGGAUAAUGUGACGGAAGUGGUGCAGCAAAUGCGUGAAAAAAUAUCGAGUGCCGCCAACAGUGCUACUGGUUCUGGCUAAAC